GGAAUUGACAUUGUCAUCGUUAACUUGGCAAGCCGGCGUCGUCUUGUCUUUUACUUAGCCACCACGUAUUCCAUUUGACCCAAAUUUGCAAUCAUAGCCAGAGAAAAACUCCCGGUGACGCGUGCAGACGUUCAAAUGGAUAAUAUACGUGUCGCUGAAACGCAAACCCCGCUAUGAGGCCCAAAACGAGAGCGAAUGGCGGUUGCAGGUGAAUCCCCGCAUAGGGCUAAACUCGAGAACUACUGUCGGACGGCGCCUGCCAAGAGAAUUAGAUUUUGAUAUUUAUUGACGAGCAAGGAGAUCUCAUGGCAGCCAUAGGACGGCAUGAUAAACGAUUGUGGGAGCAGUCGUUGACGAAGGAAAAUGUUUCUUCCUACAAAACAUGACCAUGGUAUGUCUCCUACGAUAAGAGCUGACAUUUGCUACAAUCAUACUAUCCAGCGUACCAAUUUUAUUUCGGUCUCAGAAAUCGUAAUAUUCGGUUGUUUCGUGCCAGAACACAGCCCGCGAUUAGGAUCUCGGGAAAUUAGAUUAUUUCGUCGAUGCUGACAUGGGCUCUCCUCAUCUUGCAUCCUUACGACAAUUUUACUCUUACAUAAUUGGCUGAUCGCAUCAAACAACUCAAAACGAUCUCUCUUGGUGCUACUCCUUUGCAUGCACGUGCCGGAAAUAGCAUCUUGAGGCCCUUGAUCUGAUGUAACAUUCGAAGGCAGUCUCCCAUCAAGUAAUGGGCUUGAGUGCACUUUUAAUAAAAUUUGACAGGGACGAAGCCGUUUCUAGCACUUUUUGCAAACAUGAUGUGGUAUCCAUACUCUUAUCCUACGUACUGCAGGAAUAUUUCAUUUUCCUUGUUGUUGGAGGUGGCAUUCCUGCCCCAAGGCCGAGCAUUCCAGUUAUCAGCAGCGCCGUAUGAACGGUUUCGAGUAUUAUACUUAAGCAGCCACCAGCAGCUUUACCUGCCUGCGUCUGGAUCUUCUUAAAACAGUACUCGGAUCUUUUCCACAACUUCUGCAUUCACCUUUGUCACUCAUUUUUGUCACUCCUUUUCAGAUCUGUUCUCAGCCAUAUUUUUUUCUGUUAGAUUUAUUUAAAAAGUCACUCCUUUACCUUAUACUCCACUUCUUCCAAGUCGCACGUCGCAAGUUAAGAUUCACAUAUCAGCAAAUUUCAGUAAAUAUACCACAAUGUUGUUUUCUGCCUCCAGUAUCAUUGCGGGGAUGAGCUUGCUCUCCCUGGCACUAGCCGCCCCCGCAGUUCCAGGUGAGGUUACUCUUGAGAAGCGAGGGUUCUCUUGUGCCAGUCCUGUCACCGGUCUCACCGCCGCAGAUUGCAAGCAUAUGUCGGCCAUCGGGAUGGCCGGCAUGGGAACAAACGCGAAGGCUGCCAACGGUGCAGUCUGGAUUGGAACUCAGGGACCCAACAAAUUUGUUUUCAAAAACAGUGCAUCCGCACCCGUCACUGUAAUCAUCUGGACCCAAGCUGCUGGGGAUUAUCAAAGCUCCUUUAUGAACGCCCGAAAGCCUCAAGUCUCCUAUUCAAUUGGCGCUGGUCAAUCCGUUACAAUCUCCAUGGCAAAUGGAGUAUCCGGUGGAUGGGCUGGUCUUUAUAAUCAAAAGACCACUCUAAGUCAGUAUGGCCAAGUGUUUAAUACUUGGGGAGAAUUCACAACCGGCGCCUAUGCUACAGUAGACGUCUCUCGUGAAGUCAACAUGGGUGGAAACGCCAUGACCAUCCAAGUCGGCAGUUGCACCUCCAGUAUGUCCAAGUGUGUCUUUACUUGCAAGAGCGGGAACACGUGCGGAGAGGCAGGUACUUAUUCGUUAAUCAACUGUGCUGCUGGAAGCCAGACUGGUGCUACGUAUGGUCUUGCUGCCGGUCAACCAUCAGGUGGUUGUCAAGGGUUCAACAAUGGUGGAAAGGUGUCUGUUACUUUCUCCUAGUGUAUUAUAUUUUUCUGUGGGGUGGUGUCUUGUCUGGUAUUUACAAGCUGGAUUACUCAUGAUUGAAUGUGGAGGUCCUUUUCGUGUAUUGUCAUUUUGGAGUUGAAGACUUGAAGUUUAUAUUUAACAUUUGAGAGUCUUCUGGGAGUCAUUGGAUAUGAAUGUACCUGUGACUGCAUUCCAGGCAAAUCCUUUAUCUUUUUUAUAAAUAAAAAAAGGUAAAAUCACUCACACCAUCUCUCUGUUAAUUUGAUUUGAAGCA